CAGUACCACAGCAGUCAGUUUCACAGCACAGGCUCAGAUACAGCAGUGUGGUAGAAGAACUGUGCACAGCAGAGUGAAAAGCUCCUGUGCUGCACUGAAAUAUUUAACAGACGAUGCACGUGCGGCUACGAAAGGGUUAACCCCAAUGUUGUGAUCAGCACUAACAGGAAUGAAGGACAUACGGGUCAGCCAAUGAAAAAGGAGAAGGUAAGUGCGACUAGCCAAUCACAGGAAAUACCUGCCCCGGAUAUUGCGGGAGUUCAUGCUGGAGAGUAAAACCACGUGGUGCUGCAGGAGCUUUUAGUCAGAUGAUGGAUUCUGGGAGAAGUCCGCUCGUUCCUCUGCCCGUCCAGGACACGAGGGCUGAGACGCCCGCUGACGUGUCGCUCAUCGUUCCGGUCUACAACGCGGCGCUCUGGCUGGACGAUUGCCUGGCGUCCGUAUUCCAGCAGGACUUUGGAGGCGUCCUGGAGGUCUCCGUUUACAAUGACGGCAGCACGGACGACUCUGCAAGUAUUCUACAGAGAUGGAAGCCAAAGCUGGAAGAGAGGGGCAUUAGGGCAACUGUGGGAGGUCACCACAGCGAGCGACCUCGGGGAGUUGGAUAUGCAAAAAAUCAAGCGAUCGGGCAGAGCCGUGGGCGCUACUUGUGCUUUUUGGAUUCGGAUGAUGUCAUGAUGCCACGGAGAGUCCGGCUGCAGUAUGAGGCAGCGCAGCGCUUGCCGGACACUAUCAUUGGAUGUCGGGUGAGACGUGAACCGCCCGACGCAACAGAACGCUACACCCGAUGGAUCAACAGCCUGACGCCCGAUCAGCUCCUCACACAGGUAUUCACCUCACAUGGGCCCACUGUCAUCAUGCCCACCUGGUGCUGCUCCAGAGAAUGGUUCUGCCACGUGGGUCCGUUCGUUGAAGACGGGCAGGGGACCCCAGAAGAUCUGCUCUUCUUCUACGAUCACCUUCGGAAAGGCGGCGGAGUCCAUCGUCUAGAUGAAUGCCUCCUGCUGUACCGCUACCACGAGCACGCUGCCACACACUCCGUAUCCGAGGAGACAAUCUGGAAGAAUCGUCUGCAGUUCCUCGAGGAGCGAGUGCUUGAUCACUGGUCGUCCUUCACCAUCUGGAAUGCCGGCAAACAGGGACGCAAGUUUUAUCGGAGCCUGACCCCCAGAAACAGAGACAAGGUUGUUGCCUUUUGUGACGUUGAUGCAAAGAAAAUUUCCAAAGGCUUCUACACAUUUGAGGAAUCAGAGAAGCGGCCAAAGCCCCGGAUCCCGGUGCUGCACUUUACUGACGCCAAGCCUCCAUUUAUCAUCUGCGUCAAACUGGACCUGACAGGAGGAGGGUUUGAGGACAAUCUGCGCUCUCUGAACCUGACGGAGGGAGAAGAUUAUUAUCACUUUAGCUGAGGCUUCCUCGCAGGGUCUUAUGCCUAUGGGAAGGACGACAUACCAGAAAUCCAACCUCCACGUGACCAGACUUCUCCUCACUACUGGGAGCAGAGAGCGGUGACUGCAGGACUGGAGGGGCACAGGUGGAGGGGACAGGCGGAGGCGGUGGCUGGCGGGCACACACAGUACAUGAGGACUAUGAGUGGGUGCUCUAAAGCAAGCAGAGUUACUGUGAAAACAACCAAUGCUCAAUAAAUGUGUUUUAGCAAUGA